GUACUCCCACUAAAAGAUCGCUUCCAGAUUACCUUCUAUCGGAGAUCGUUCCUACGAUCUUCAAUGCAAAGUAUGGGCGUAUCAAUUGUGAUAAUAUGUACUUUACUGAUGGGUCCUCUAUGAAUGAGUGCAUAGGAUUUGGAGUGUUCAACGUAUUUUUUUAGCACCUCACACAGUCUUCAGUAUCCUUGCUCAGUAUAUAUUGCUGAAUUGGCAGCAAUACACUGGGCGCUGGACAGCGUCGCCUCACGACCUGUUGAACACUAUUACAUUGUAACGGAUAGUCUUAGCUCUGUCGAAGCUAUCCGUUCAGUGAGGCCGGAAAAGCACUCGCCGUACCUUGAGAGAAUACGAGAAAUUUUGAGUGCUUUAACCAGACGCUGUUAUGUCAUUACCUUUGUCUGGUUCCCUUCACAUUGCUCAAUUCCGGGUAAUGAGAGGGCUGACUCAUUAGCUAAGGUAGGUGCAAUUGAAGGCGAAAUUUAUCAGCGUCAAAUCGCCUUCAAUGAAUUUUAUUCUUUAGUUCGUAAAAAUACCAUCGUGAACUGGCAACGCAAAUGGAACGAAGAUGAAUUGGGCCGGUGGCUCCACUCAAUUAUCCCUAAGGUUAGCCUUAAACCAUGGUUCAAAAGUUUGGACUUGAGUCGGGACUUUAUUCGCACCUUCUCCCGGCUCAUGUCCAAUCACUGUUCGUUAAACGCGUUACUCUUUCGUUUUGAUCUUGCCGACAGCAAUAUCUGUGUCUGUGGCCAAGGUUACCACGACAUCGAACACGUUGUUUGGUCGUGCGAGGAGUAUCUUGUUGCCAGAUCGAAUUUGGAAAACUCUUCGGGCUAGAGGAAGGCAGCCCAAUGUGCCGGUGAGAGAUGUGUUGGCUGGUUUAGACCUUGAUUACAUGUCCCAAAUAUAUGUCUUCUCCUUUUCCUUUUCCUUCGCGAGAAAUCAAACCCCUUCUUAUUAACAAUAGAAUAAGUAGACGGCGCCAGUGGUUGUAUGGUUAGCGUAACAGCCUCACAAUCCGAUCGGCCUGGGUUCAAUCCCAGCUGGCGUCGUUGGGAUUUUCUGAGGCGAAAAAUCUCUGGUUACGUCUUCCUUCGGAGCGGAAGUAAAAGAAGUUGGCCCGGCUCAUGAGUUGUUGAGUCUGAUAGGUAGGAACAGGUGGAGUCGCCUCCCUGAUGUCGGUGAUUGGCACUAAAGUGGCGGAAAUAGGCCGACGAAAAAUAAGCGAAGAUAAAAAAAAAAACAAUAGAAUAAGGUGAAAUGUAAAUAUAUAUUAGAUAUAAGAUAGGCUUAAGAAUUGAGUGUAAUGAAUGUGAGUGUGAAUGUGAGAGUGAACAUUGUCAACAUAUCCUUUUAUCCCUUCCUUUUCCUGAAGAAAAUAUGUCACCCUUCUAAACUCGAGUAGACCGCGAGUAAUCGGUUUUCUACACCAUUAACAUUAGAAUUAAGCAAAAAUGUUUAUAUAUACUUGUAACAAUACAGUCAGGAGUUUGGCUCCUUUAAACUUAUGUAACUGAGCCUGUAAAAAUAAACGAUUUAAUAAAAAAAAACCAUGUUCUUCCCGUAAUUCAUUUGGCACAUCGGGCUUCUUUGUGUAGCUGGCCUUCUUCAAAUGAUUCCAAACUGUCAUAUGAUUGAUUCUUAGUGCAACUUGCCAACUUGCAUGGCGGUCUUGAUCAGCUAGUUGCCAAAUUGCAUCAACUUUUUCAGUGGCUGGCCGACCAGAGCGAGGUAAAAAUUAACAUCAAAAUUUCCCGAACGAAAUCGAACAAAGUACUUCUGCAUCCUGCGUUCACUUACAGUAGCUUUGUUAUAAACGUCACCGAAUGUUUUGCUUGUUCCUGCUGUGAACUUUUGUUCUAUGCAAUUGAAUUAGUUUGGCUCGAUAUAUGACCAUCAACAUCAUAUAGUGACAGUUAACCGCAGAUAUUUUCAACAUGGCGCAAUAUCGUUCGAUGGUCACCAGAGCAACAAAGUUGCUGCUCGAGCUCCGAGUGUCUUUCUCAAGACAUACGAGAAGGAGUUUAGGUUAAGUUGCUGCCAAGAGCCUUUCUCGAGGCUAGAGAUGAAUGAACUGCAAAAGUUUAAAGUCUCUAUGAUAGACCUGUUGUCGUCGUAUGAUCAAUCGGAAAUUAUGUUAAACGGAUUUUUUUCUUAAACUAUGAGAAAUAUAUGUGUUAGUAGUUCUUUCACAAAUAUAAUUUCAUAGCAUUUCUAGACGAUAGGUAGCAAUCCAUUUUCAUCGCAAAUCAAAUUUCAAAUCGUAAACAUUUGGAUGUUUUCCGUUGGAAGAUACAUUCCUGAAUAUAAAAUGGAUGGAAGGCUCAAUUCGAAUGGCAGGUGAGGGAUGGUGAUAACAAAUUCUGCGAAGCUAUGAUAUACGGGAAGCUACUCGUCAUGUGAGAAUACAGCCUUUAUACGGCAAAACUAAUAAAAGCUGUACUUCGAACGGCAGUUAUAUUCCCUGCAGAAGUCAUAGCAAUGAUAACACAAAUGAUUCCACCAUAUUUCAAAGAAUCAACCAUUCAGAGCGGGGAAAUUGUCGACACAUAGAAGACCGGUAUCGCACUAUUUUCCGACACGAAGCGUGAAUAUGUUUUCACGCAGAGAAGCUGUGCUUUACGCUGCCGCUCAAUUGCCAAUCGUGUUGAAUUCAAUGCGCUGUGUAAUGUGCUCCAUGCGAAUUGAAGUGGGAACGAUAAAUCUUCAUACUGGCGGCCCACGCUCAUAAUCAGAAUGAGCUCGUAUAUACCCUGUUGAAUUUUCUCCCCCACGUGAGGAACGCUGUUGGAGAGCACACGCGCUGCUUGUCACGUUGUCCUGAACCCUAUGCACUGAUAUGCUAGGAAAGCUGAAUGCCGGGUGCAAAACAUUUUUCGAGAUUUGCGGCAACUUCAUGUAGGAAAGUUACUUUUUAUUCGAGUUAAAAAGAAAGAAAAAUGACGAAAAGAUGCGUAACUCAAAAAGUAUCCGCGCGAAGCUCCUCAAAACCAACAAUUCAUUGCAGAGAUUCCGCUUUCAAUCUUUACUGCAUCGCUAUUUAGUAGCUGAACGAGAAAAAGUAUGGUUUGUGGCUGGGCUGAAGAAUAUCACGUUCCGCUAAAUAGUGUCCCUAUGUGAUUUCCUGCAAAUUUGCAUAUGUUCAUGUUUUAUCAGACGGUUACAGCUACAGGCAAUCAGAUAAACCAUCGAUCUAUUCAAUGUGACAUAUAUGUCCCUAUUUUAUGAUUGUAUAAAUCGUGUUGUUAGUGACAAUGAGACUGUGGAAAUCGGAUCUACAAAUUGCUCUCGUGGUCAAAUGGACAUACCAUCCGGGCGGUUUCGGGUUCGAUUCCCGUUCAAACUAGGGAUGUUUUUGUCAAUACAAUGUCUUCCGACAUGCACUAGUAUACGCUUAUUCUCGAACCUGCCACUUGGACAACAGUCAGAGACAGGUGGUAUUAAACAUAGGAAACAAAGCUUCGUACAAAUAAACAUGACGCAAACAAUAUUACGACAGCCUAGGGGACAUUGUUCUUUUUGGAAUGUUAGUUUCAUUGAAGGUGAAAAAGGUUUCGUGCAAAAAUUACAAAUGCAUGAAGGAAGAGGAGGGGAAUUAUCUAGAUUGUGCUAGGCGUGAUGCACAAAUUACGUAACGCUAAAAAUGCGGUUUUUGGAAAGAUGUAAUGAUGUAAUGCCCCGUAUUUCUUUGAUCAAGGACUCAAUGUAACAGCCGUGGUAUUCUAUGUUCUGCAGGAAGUUGUUGUUCCGUGAAUUAAGAAGGUUAUAGCUCAGACAGAACAUAGACGAACUAAGUCAGUUAUAAGGUAUACUAUAAAGGUCCUCGCGUUAGUAUUAGUAAAAAUCAAGCAGUUUGGGAAGAAUAAUUAAAAUUUUAAUUCUCUUUGUCUCCGAGUUCAAUUUUUUGGAACAAAACAUUCAGAGAAACGGGUUUAUAUCAUCAAAACUCACAAAUUUGUCAGUGGUUCUGAACACAACACUGCACGCUAUUCUAUACGUGUGAGUAAUUUUCGUGUGCGAUACAAAAAGUCACAGUAUUGUUGUGUCCGAGACACGACCGCAUAUUUGACGUAGAAUUCCGUUAGGCUAUCUGUUCAUUUUGGAUAUGUUUGAAGAAUUACCUCGUUAAACUCUUUGAUAAUGAUUUGGUGGUCCUGAAAAGGGCCGUUUUGUUUGGUUGUUGGGUAUUGUUUGUUCACUCUACCAGUUUUUACCGAGUGAUGAUGACAGAAGGAUUUUAAUCAGUCGCUGGAUGGUGCGUAUCAGAUAAAAGAUACCGAAGUGGAACGAAAUAUGACGAAAACCACCCUCUGUGAUCCUAGACGAGAUGCCUCCUGUGUUAGGUAUGGAUGAACUAAAGAAAAAAAAUCACCAGUGUAAUAUAAGAUAAUUACCAAUACCGAACACAAUUAUCAAUUUUUCUCAUCAGUAAAAACAUAUUACUAUAAUAUAGAGAAAACAUAUUUGAAAUGGAAAAGGUAAUUUUCUUUUAUAAGUUUUACUUUCUGAGUGUGCUUAUGCUAAAUUUUUCACAGUACACGAUUGGUCAUUGAUAUAAAAUUUCACGAAGCAACCAAGUUCCAAAUUUAAAUUUUAUUUGCUAGAAUUAUUCGUAUCACUAACCUUACUUGCAAUAUAAAAAUGCCCACGACUUGCAUAUAACGUGUGUUAAAUAAAAAAUGAGAAUUUCACAUAUAAAAAAAAAUUUUUUCAUCGAUUUCAGUAUUUUUUAUUGAUAACAUAAUGUAUUUUCUUCAAAAAAAUGUCAGUGAAUGUUUGAGUAAGGGCCGUGGUCUGCUAUUCGACGUAACUUUGUUGCGAUGCUCUCACAAGAACGUUGUACGGCACUUACGUCCAUUUUCCGGAUACAAUUCCGGAUUCUUGUAGUCAGUUGCUUCGUGUCCUUGGCCCUCCAAUUGUUUUUAUACACUAGGGCACUGAGUGAGCCAAUGAAAUCCUCUAUUGGGCGGCACUGGUGCAAGUUUGUUGGGUUACGAUCUUUCGGCACGAACGGUAUCUUUUUCUCCUCAAGAUACGCCAGCGUCUUCUUGGCGUAAUGGGAAGACGCCUUGUCCGGCCAGAAGACGUACUUCCCAUCCGCGUGAUGCUCGUUCAGGAACGGCAGCAGGAUUUUAUCGAGGCACUCUUCUCGAUAGAUUUGUUGGUUGAUUGCCAGACCGCUCGGCUUCAACCAAGGCUUUGAAAUGCUCCGGUCGGAAAUGGCAAUGUACAACAUAACCUUUUUUUCAAACUUGUGCUUGAACUUGUAUUUUCCUUCAGGCGGUGUGAUUGACUUGUCGCUGGAGUAGUAAUUAUCAUUUCCUGGAAUAUGCGUUUUGGACAGCGGAAAAUAGCUUUCGUCGUCCAGAACGAAAGACGUCCCGCGGUAUUUUUUGGUCAUCCACCGUCACUGUGAUUUGACCGUCUCAAUCUGCUCCUCCGUGUACUCCGGUGACCUCGUCUUCUUCCUGUAGACGAUUCCUUCCAUCUUGAGGGUCCGGACGAUCCUUCCGCUCUACGUUUAGGGAACCCAGAAUACGAUAUACCGUACUGACAGGUACAUUUUCUUCCUUAAAAUGUGCCACCGUGAACUUUUUUCCUUGCUGGAAAUGCGUUUCGUAGAACCGUACAAUGCGUUCGCGGAGCACGUGCUGUUUCGACGCCAUCGUUGCUUUGACUAAAUUCAAACUAGCAAAACCAAACACGCCUACUGUUUCUAGGGAGCCCAAAGAGCAAUUUUCUUGGAGAAAGAUAAUUUUACGCUCUCUAUUUGAGUUACUGAAAGGUAUUGAAAAAAUUCUCUUUUUUUAUAUAACACCCGUUAUUUGCAAUACCGUUUUCCCCCGGGCACCUUGGUUUUGAUAUCUCUGUUAGGGAACACAUUUCGGUAGGAACAAAAGUUCCCCCUACUUUCAUGUAUCUGCAAUGCCGAAUUCCCCCAGGCAGCUUGGUUUUGAUGUCGCUGUUAGGGAAUCGCCGCAUGUGUCGUCAAUUUCGACCAAUCAGAAGUGGGUAUUUCCGUUAUGGUAGGGGUUGAGAUUUUUCAAUUGUUCGAUAGUUAGUUUCAUGACAUAUAUUAUUUUUUCCUAUGUCAAAAAAUCUAGCUCACCUAUAGUAUAUGUCAAACCACGUUGAUCUCAAACAUUGAUACAUGCAUGCAGAAACGAAUUCAUUUUGACGGGGAAAAAUGAAAUAGUCGAGUCGUAGAGGGAGAUGGCCACUAAACGUCCGAAUGACUGUUGAUUCAUGUUGACAGAGAAACUGCUGGAAGAAACAAAGACUCCAUAGUCCAUAGAAGCAAAACGGUGGUUUCAUAGUCCCCUGACUAUCCUCAGUUGAAUAUGACUUUGCCGAGCCCCGUUAACCUGUAUUGAAACGCAUAGUAUGCUAAAAAUCCAUUUUUUCACCGGCUGUUCCUCAGUGUUGCUCUUUCAUCAUAGCUCCAUCAGCUUCGGAGAAGAAUUGAAGAAUUGAGACUCUUCACGUCAUCGUUUUCUGCUGAGGCGCUUAUGUUCAGCUUUCUUUCUUUGUUUCUAGUUAUGAGCUUAAAAGUUCAUUCGCCUGUAGCCUUGAAAAAGGACAAUUUGAAAAAUAAAUUUAUUAAAUUUACCCUACGGCUGGACGAUCAAAACUAACGCUCUCAUAGCCUUUAAAAGGGAAAUUUGGAAAUUUUAGAAUUAUGCACGAUUUACUGUGUUCUACUUCGUUUGUAUUCAAGUUUUAAUUGAUUUUUUUACGGCAGCAAAAAAAAAAAGCAACUAACGUGUCAUCCCAGAACCGAUAGGUGCACAAGCAAGUGAACAAUGGACCAAUUGAAUACAUUUGUGAUAAUCUUCGCUUCAGACUGAAACCUUCUGGGAAAUACCUCCCGAAUCCACUCAGUCUUGAUAAAGAGAGAGAAAAUUGAGUCCUUGUUCUCAUCCAUUCGGAGUGCAAAUCCAUAUCGCUACAAACAUCGGUGAUAGCCUUCUCAAAGUUGAACAAAAAAACUCCUCCUACAAAGUAACCAGCUGAUGCCCAAUGCUCGAUCUCUCAAUCAAUAGAUUUUUAUCGGCACAAUAGUGUGACUGUUCGUGGAGGUGAAUGUGUGAGACACCCGAAAUUAGUGCGUUUUAGUUCGCGAAUUUCGAUAAAUCACCAUCGGGAAAAAGAUAAGCGUGGGGUUUCGUGAAUUUUCACCGCUUCACGCCUCACUUUCACCGCCACAACUAGGUACACGGCCGUUAACCGGAGAUGCCAGUACCCGCCAACAGAUGUCAUUGGCAUGGGCGGCAAAUAUUAAGUUAGGUCCGAAAUGGGAAUUCGGACCUGGAGCUGGGAUCAUGAGGGUAAUGACCGGAUCGAGAGGUUGACGACCAAGCUUGAAAAGAUAUAAAGGGGACUUGAAACGAAUUCUUUGGAAUGAACGGUUGAGUUUUGAAGAAAUAGGAGAGGGUUUUCGCGCGUGAAAGUCUAUUGUUCGCGCUGACGGAAGUUUCGUGAAAAGACGGGAAAUUUGAAGGAGAAAACGAAGAAAAAGUGCGAUAGUGCGUUAACCGCAAGUGCUCGCGGAAAAUUAGGGAAGUUACGGAAACUCGCCAGCAAGGCCUGUACAAGUACCCAUUCAACCGGAACAACGAGUCGUUACAAUCCAGCUUCUAGGCUGGUUCUGCUUGGCAUUGACAAUCAAGAUACAAUAAUCAGCGUAAGACAAACUUAUCGAGGUUGAAGAUAAACACCAGAAGUAUGUCGCUCCCACCUUCACUGUUCCCAACGCAUUAGGCUUGGAGUUGAAUGGGUGAAACAGCCUGUCAAUAAAAAGGAUUUAGUCAUUGCUCGCGUCACAUGUUCUCCACUCCUCUUCGUAAAGGUGGAUUGACUGAAAAAUAGCUGAGAUGGGAAGUUUACCCAAUCUGAAUGAACUGACGACUGAGCGUUUGGAAAGGCGACUGGAGGAGCGUGAGAAGAUAUUGGCCCGAGAACGGAUAAUCGAGCGAGAUUUCGCCCGAGAUAAGGACGCAUUGCGAGGCUUUGACAAGCCGGUGUUUGUACAUCAGCAACAGAUCGCAGCAGCCAAAAAUUUUUUCCAACAAAAAUGUCCUCCUGCUGCUCGAAAAGUAAUGCGUACCAGGAGUUCCGGACAGGCACAUCAUAUAUGGGAUGAUCCUAUGAUUGAGCAAUACGUGGCCAACUAUUCACCUGCCUCUUCUCGAAGCCAUAGAAUCGCGUUAGCACAACCAUUUACCGGUGGCUUCACAUUCCAAAGCUCAACACUCGGUAACCGUCGACGGGAGUCGGUCAACAGCUCUAUUGGUGCAACUUCGGUGCGCAGGCUACUCACCGUUAACAACAGAAGCUACGGCUGUCGACACAAGAUACCUACGCAUGUACGAACGAAAGUCACUAAAAACUUUAUCCUGCUCACGAUUGCUCACGGUCUGAUGUGUACCGUCCUGAUACCACUGUGGGGACUGCAAGCGUCCAAUUCAACUUGGUUUCAGCAGGAAUCGUGGCUCACCAUGGCACCGGACGUAGGGUCAUGUCUACUGAGCUUUAGCUGCAUAAUCACAGCUUGUAUGUGUUUGCUAACCACAAAGAUCAUAAGAAGACUCGGUUACUCAGUUGUCUUGGCAUCGAUCUAUGGAGGUCUUUGCGUAUUCCUGGCAACACAUAUCUAUCCAGUAUUGGUCUCGCUAGUUCCUGGAUACUUGGUACUUGGGUUGGUGCUAGGUCCGUCGGUCAUUUGCAAACAAACCUUGGUUGUGUCAAUGGCCGGAAAGCUCAGCUGCUCCCAGCCCGAAUGUGGAGGAAAUAGUAUGGCUGGGAUUAAUGCAGACAGUAUCGAAGACCAUAAAAUACUGUGUAGCAGAGACGAAAGCAUUCGAAGACUGGGAAGAUGGUAUCGAGCUGCGGGAGAUUUGGGUAUUAUAGUAGGAACAGUCAUUGCUUCGUUCAUUCUAACCUGCGCUUCGUCGAACCGACUUGGGUGUUUCUACAUUUCUGCAUUAUCUUCCGAUAAUAUGAAUGGAUCGAUUGCGACACAGCUCAACAAUACAAUAUCAAGCAGUACAAUGUUUAGCGGUCCAUCGAUGGAAAAUUCUCCUACAUCUACUAGUGUCAUUCUAGCGGAUCCUCAUCCAGUCACCAAAGUGACUACUCCGAAUAUGCCCACUUUUAAGGAAACACUAUUUUUCCUGUAUAACAUCCGAAUGCAGCACCACAGUAAUCAGGACGCAGAUGGAUUCCAGUUAGAUCGAUUUCCCUACAGUACCUUCCAAGUCAACGAUCAUGGCGAACGUAUUUGUGGAUCUCACUUGUGCCCGGUUUGGGAUAGAAAUAUUCCAAUCAAUAGCAGUGUACUGAAUACCUUUAGUCUGCAAAAUGACACGGGAACGACCCCUCUCAUGGGCAUAUAUCUUAUUAUAGGAGUGGUUGCCCUGACCAUAACUGGUUUCACGACGGACAUCGAGCUCAACGUUAAGUUUGAUUCGAUCCGGAAAAUGUCCGACACAUUGCUAUUCGCCGGACCAAUGGCAUACUUCAUUGGCACUGAGCAGGGCUACAUGCUGGCAGAUUUUAUGAAGGCAUUCGUGUCAUGCGAGCUUGGUUCAAAUAGUGUGGCAGGAGCCAUGAUUGGAAUGGGAGUUAUGCAGUUAAUUGCGGCAUGCACAUUGAGUAUGCUAUUGAGACACACGAAAAGAGUGAUAGUAAUCAGUAAGAAUCUUGCCGGUUUUAUUUUUCAUGCUUGUCUUCUAUUGGUCCUGUUACGCUGGAAGCCUUCCAAAGAUGACAGCGCAGUCCUAUAUGUGAUCCCAGCCGCCUGGGGAGUGUGCAACGCCAUCUGGGAAACCCUCAUAACCGCUCUAGUGACACUAACACACACGACGAAAUUGACCGAAGUUUUGUCUCCCUUACAGGCCCUUCGUUUUCUCGGAUUAGGGAUUACUUUUGCAGGUCAUGGAUUGUUAUGUGAAGCUCCGAAAAUCAUCAUACUCGCUAUCUUGCUGGUGAUCUCAGUUAUUCCCUACACUAUGCUCGAACUGAAACACGAAAGUCAACGAAAAGCCGCAAAAGUGAACUUAUGACGAUUCUGUGCGCACGAUUACUAAUGUUUAAUUAAAUUAAAAUACUUCUAAAGUUGAAAUAACUUAGCAGUAUUUUAAUUCGGUAAACAUUAAUAAUCAGUGCUCACUAUUCUUUAGAACAUAAAGCCCGGUUGCAAUGGAAUAGAAAUGUUAACAUAUACAGGUCGGACUCGAUUAUCCGGAGUAUUAUUUUUUUUUCACUCCGAAUAAUCGAGUCAUAAAAAAAACGAAUUUUCUCUUGGUAAACGUAAUAUAAUUAUGAAUUGCAGUUAUUUAUUAAACGGUUUUAUCUAGAUUGACCCGUUUGUAUGUUUGUGACUUCGUAACUUUACAACUUUGUCUGUAACGCUGUACCACAUUAAUAGAAAUCUAACCCCCUUCCUGUUCAUCGAUUGAUCCCAAAUUUGGAACACAUCUUUAUCUCUGGUAUCAUUAUUCCAUGAUCUUGAAAAUCCAAGAUGGCGGCCGCUACAAAAUGGUGGAUUAUGUACAUAUUUUCUCAAAAUCCCAUCAAUAUGGAUUUUCCCAAAACCCCAUCAAUAUGGGUAUCGAAUGGAAGGGCUUGACCAGUAGAAUACAAUUAUUUAUGGAAAAUGUAAAUCAAAGAUGGUGACCGCUACAAAAUGGCGGAUUAUAAAUUUUCUCAGAACCCCAUCAGUAUGCAUAUCAAAUGAAAGAGAUUGACUAGUAGAACACAGUUAUUUAUGAAAAAUGUAAACCCAAAAUGGCCGCCACCACAAAAAGGUGCCAUAUAUAUAUUUUUGUUUAAACCUCAUCAAUAUGGGUAUCAAAAAAAAGUUCUCGACUAGUAGAACAUAGCAGAUAAUGAAAAAUCCAAUUCCAAGAUGGCCGCAGUUCCCACACAACUAAUUACUUUUUAAAUUGUUUUAUUCAGCUUGACCUUUUUCUAUGCAUGUUUGAAUGUUUGUAGGGUUGUCCCACAUUAAUAGAAAAAUGGAAUUUAUGUUGUUUAUCAUGUUUCGUGUUCUCCAAGUCAAAUCAUUCAGCCGUUUUUUAACAACGGCCAAAUUGAUUUUUCAAGAUCAUGGAAUACGCAGUUUUAUAAUGACAGUAGAAUUAAAUGUAUGUUCCAAAUUUCAGAUCAAUCAUUCAACAGGAACGGGGUCAUUUUUCUAUUAAUGUGGCACAACCCUACGAAGCACUCAAACAUACAUACAAACAGGGCAAGCUGAAUGGAAUGGGCAAGUACUGCGGUCAUCUUGGAUUAGGAUUCUACAUGAUCUAAUGUAUUCUACCAGUCGAGCCCUUUCAUUUAAUACCCAUAUCGAUGGGGUUGUGAAAAAAAUAUAUAUGGCAGUACCUUGUGGUGGUCAUUUUUGGUUUUCAUUUUUCAUAAAUCACUGUGUCAAGCCCUUUCAUUUGAUACCCAUUUUGAUGGGGUUCUGAGAAAUAUGUAAUCCGCCAUUUCGUAGUGGCCGCUAUCUAAAAUUUGCAUUAUUCAUAAAUAACUGUAUUCUACUAGUCAAGCCCCAUUAUACCCAUAUUGAUGGGGUUGUGGAAAAAAUAUAUGGCACCAUCUUGUGAUGGUGGCCAUUUUGGAUUUGCAUUUUUCAUAACUAACUAUGUUCUACUAGUCAAGCCCUUUCGUUUGAUACCCAUAUUGAUGGGGUUCUGAGAAAAUAUGUAAUCCGCCAUUUUGUAGUGGCCGCCGUCUUGGAUUUGCAUUUUUCAUAAAUAACUGUAUUCUACUAAUCAAGCCCUUUCAUUCGAUACCCUUAUUAGCUAUUCAAUAUGGAAUUAUUAUACAAAUUAUUCGAAAUUUUCCGAAAAUCAAAAAUAAAAUACUCCGGAUAAUCGAGUCUAAAAUUCCGGAUAAUCGAAUCCCGGAUAAUCGAGUCCGACCUAUAUUUCCAAAUAAUUUGAACAACAGAGAUUCGAAAAAACAAUAUCAAGCUCAGUCCGGGUGCAUGUAGACUGUUUAAUUACUUCACUGUGUAGUCAAUUUUGAAAACAAAACACAGACUUAUCUAAAAUCAGUUCAUCGUGACUAGAAAAAAGAGAAUAUGGUAUUUCACUAUCUAAUAGUCAAUCCUAAUUGAUUACACUACGAUCAACAAAUUGUUCAGGGUAUCCCUAAAGUAUGUAUGAAUAAAAAUAUUAUUUAUAAUUCCAACUCAACGAACUGCUGUCGAUCAAUAUCAUGAUAAAGGUUCUAUAUUUCCUACAUUUAACGCCAGUCUUCGAGAAAACACCGUUGUUUCCCUUUUUGAUAAAUAGCUGUUAAGAAAUUAAACAAAUGGCCUCCAUACAGAAACCAAAAUUGCCAAAAUAAAACAAGUUAAUAAUUGUUAGCCUAAAAUGGAUCAUCUCUUUCCACAAUUUGUAGCACUAGUGAGGUAGCAAAGAACAUAGCUUAACUAUAGUGCUGCAUUACAUUUGUGCCAAGAUGCCUAAUAUAACAUAUAAGACAUAAUAUAGUGUAGUGCAAUUGUACUGGAGAAAAUAGUAUUGUAGUUUUAAACAAAGUAUUAUGAUAAGAUCAAUGAAAAGUCGGAGUGUUUCACGAUUGAUUGAUAUACAGAAACUUUUGCAUGAUAAUUGGUUUUGGACUGAUUUCGGAUGAAUAUUUUAUUCGAUGAUAUGGAAGCUUUUUGGUAUAAUUCUAGAAUUCAAUCCCACGGCUAUUGUUAAUAGUCUAAUUUUUAUAUGACGAUCAGUAUAAUCAAAGAAUUAACAUAUAACAUAUUUGUCAGCUGUGUAACAUUAUGUAAUAAAUGAAAUUUGUAUGUAUAAUCUGUG